AUGACAACGGAAAUGAUUGAUUUGCAAGAUGGUCAUCCAAAUCAUCGAUUGUGGCAAAAAAUGAUUGAUACAGGACGUUCAUCAGCUGGUAACUGUGCGAAUUUACUACGCAAUGAUGCAUCAAUAAAUACAGUUGAAGAAUUUCUUGAUACACUCAUUAAUUCAAGUCAUUAUGAUAGGCGCAUUCGGCCAUUUUUUGAUCAACAUAAACCGUGCAAUGUGACAAUGACGAUUCAUAUUAAUACGAUUUCAGCCAUCAAUGAAGUUAACAUGGAUUAUAAUACAGAUUUGAUUUUUCGUCAAUCAUGGUAUGAUCCAAGAUUAAAUUAUUCAGGAACAGAUUGGGCAAAAAAAUCACCACAAAUCACAUUGCAUUAUUCACUUAUUGAUCGUAUAUGGGUACCUGAUUCAUUUUUUCGUAAUGCUAAAGAAGGUAAACGUAGUGAUAUAACAGUACCCAAUCGAUUAAUUCGUAUACAUCUGGAUGGAAAAGUACUUUAUAGUCAAAGACUUUUACUUAAGCUUGAUUGUCAAAUGAAAUUACAGAAAUUUCCACUUGAUAAUCAAACCUGUGUUGUCAAUAUUGGCAGUUACGGUUUCGAUACAAAUGACUUGGCAUUUUUUUGGGAUGAAGCUCAAAAUAUAAGUGCUAUUCGAGUUAAUGAAGAUCUGGAAAUGCCUGAUUUUGUUCUAAGUAAUCAUGAAGCACGAUAUUGUAAUCGAACAACAGCAACAGGCAGUUUUACAUGCCUUCUUGUUGUUCUACAUUUAAAACGUUUAUUUGGUUAUUAUCUUGUUCAAGUUUAUAUACCAUCAAUGCUCAUUGUAAUCCUUUCAUUUGUUUCAUUUUGGAUUGAUCAUAAAUCGGUUCCAGCAAGAAUUUCAGUCGGACUUUUGACUGUUCUUACCGUUACUACUCAAAGCUCAGGUAUACGAUCACAACUUCCGCGUGUGUCAUAUAUCAAAGCAAUUGACGUAUGGAUGUCAGCAUGUCUGGUUUUUGUUUUUGCUGGUUUACUUGAAUAUGCAUUGGUCAAUGUUAUUGCACGUAAAGGUGAAUUAAGACAACAAGUUCGUUUUUCAAAAGAAAAAAAAAGUUCGGACAGACCACCGAAAUUAACUUUGAUUCAAAGACUACAGAAUGGCUCAUCUUUUGCUGCUGAGAGAGUUAUUGGUAAUCGUCUUGCUCAAGUACAUUUUUAUAAAAAAGAAGAUACACAUGGUAGUGGUGAAACAAUGGAAACACUAGUUCAUAAAUCAAGUAGUGGUGGUGGUGAUAGAAAUACAAGUGGUAAUGCUAGUUCACAUGUACAAUAUUCAUCUAUGUCAAAUGCAAAUGCAUCAUCAUCAACACAACUCAAUGCAACACCACAAGUGGUCUUACCACAACCAGCUCGAAUAACAAAAGCUGCUAAACCUGUUCGUGACAGUGCACAAUUUGUCGAUCUAGUCUCUGCAGUUCUUUUUCCUGUUGCUUUUAUUGUAUUUAAUAUUAUUUAUUGGAUGGUCUACCUUAAUAUGCACGUUGAAAAAAUAAAAUGGACAAUUGAAGAAUUUAAUGAUAUAUUUAAACGAUUUCGAUGUUCAGUUACAGCUAAUUAUUGGCAAAGUCUACAAGCCCGUGUUUAUGAAAAACAUAAUCAUUAA